UUAUGUUAAUAUUAACGAGCUAUAAAGCAGCAGAUCCGGGUCGGUACCGGGUCUGACCCGGGUUAUACCGCCUGUGUUUUUAUCGCGCUGCUGCAGACGCACUUGUCUCCUGUCCGCCCUCUUCAUCCUCCUCCUCCUCCUCACUGAAGGCCACAUGAGGCUGAUGAACGUCGAACGAUCAGAUCUGAUCGAUUCUGAUCGGACCUGAUCAGUUCGAUAACAAAAUGUUCAUAUGACGGCGGAUUGUUCAGAUUGCAUGUGUCCAGGUGCUGCUGUGUGUUCAGGCCUGCAGACUGAAGAUCAUCAUCAUCAUCAUCAUCAUCAUCAUCAUCACAGUCUGUAAACAGCAGCUCAGGAUCGAUACAGAACAUCAGUUUCAUCUUCAAACCGUCUCUUUGAUUAUUAUUCCAUGAAAACAGAGAAAUAAUCCACAGCAGAUGUUUCUGAUGCAUCCCGAGAAAUGUAACAGAAACAGAAACAUCGAGAUUAAAAAGACAGAAACAGGAAAUGUUUCAUAUUUUAAUCUGCAGAUUAUUACAGAUGUGAAAAACAACAAAAUAAAUCUAUUUAAAAUAAAAAUGUUUGUUAUAAAUUCACAGAGUUUAAACUGAGCAGAAUAUUGAGUCGACAGAUAAAAUACAGAUAAAAGCAGCAGAACUUCAUGUUUAAAUAUUCAGUUUAUUCUCAUUAAAUACUCCAGUUUAAACCUCCAGGCUUUGACAUCUGACACAGUUUCACUUCAUUAAAUGACUUGAAUCAAUUAAUAAUUAAAGAUGAAAUAUAAGUUUAACAUUUAUAUUCUGUUCUUUGCAACAAGAUGUUUUUCUUCAUGUUCUCGUCGAGUAUUGAUUUAAUACAGUUGAUAUAAUAUUAAGAUCAGAAACAGUAAGUUCUUGUGUUGUCACAGUAAAAUGUGUUUUAUUGUUUUAUAUUUGGGUUUUAAUUUACUAAUGAGAUUACAGAUAACAGAGUCACUGAUGAGCUCUGACACACUGAGACGCUGCAGAGAACAAAACGCUGCUGGAACCCGACAGGAGGAAGGUUUUCUCCAGUCAUGCAGAAGGUGGAGGGACAGGUAACCCCGGUCAACCUGCCUUCUUCCAGGGGUCUGAGCACCCCGGGGUCUCCGGCCGCCGGCAUCACGGCCAGAGUGAAUGACCAGGUGGUGGGCUACAGAGACCUGGCAGCUCUGCCCAGAGAUAAAGCCAUCCUGCAGGUGGAGAGACCCGACCUGAUGACCUACCAGCCUCACCUGAGCUUCUCUCCUCUGGACCCGCCCCGCAGAGAGAGAUCUCUGUCUCCUCCCGCCACGUCUCCUCCGAGGUCUCCGGAGGUGAAGCCUCGCAGAGCGGAGAGUGAGAGUGGAUCACCUGGAGGAUCGACGCUGCAGCUGCAGGCGACACGCAAGAUCAGCACGAGCCAGCAGCACUUCCACAGACCAGAUAUUGGAGCGAACAUCUACAGGAAACCUCCGAUCUACAAACAAGAUGUUCAGAAACACGUGGAAGGAGUCAUCCAGUCCGCAAAGUUCCCAGCAGCUCAGCCUCCAGAUCCAAACCAGCCGUCCAAGAUCGAGACCGAGUACUGGCCCUGCCCCCCUUCACUGGCUGCCAUGGAGAUCGAGUGGAGGAAGAAGAAGCUGCAGGAGGAAGACGACGAGUUUGAAGACCUGACUGACGAGGCCAAGACGCUGCAGGAGCAGGAGCUGGAGAAGAUCAAGUCCAACCUGGGUCGUCUGAUCCUGAAGGAGGAGAAGGAGAAGGCCGUCCACUUCAGGAGGAAGACACAGUCACUGCCGGACCGGACGCACAUGCACACCACAGGUUUGUCUGCGAAUGCAUCAAAGUCUCCUUCACGCUCCGGUCUGACCAGAAUGCAGUCUGCAGAGUUUUCCACAGAGGCAGAUAAAGGAGCAGCAGCUGCUCAGAACGGAGAGGCUCGCAGGGAGAGGAUGGACCGAGGAAACUCGCUGCCGAGCAUCCUGGAGCAGAAGAUUUAUCCAUAUGAAGCGCUGGUUGUGACCCACAGAGGGCGCUGCAAGCUGCCGCCGGGAGUCGACCGCACUCGGCUGGAGAGGCAUCUGGCCCCGGAGCAGUUCGAGCAGCUGUUCGGGAUGCCGAUCGCAGAGUUCGACCGCCUCUCUUUGUGGAAACGAAACGAACUGAAGAAGAAAGUCUCGCUUUUCUAACAGGAAGUGACCUCAUCCCCCUCAGAACACCUGAAGCAGCUGCUGUGAGAGGAAGAGGAGGAUCCAAACAGGCCAUACUCAUCACGUCAGCCCACGCCAACAUGGCCGCCAUCUAACUAACCAAUCAGGUCCCUGGAUGUGGAUCAGAGUGUACUGAAGGCUGGUCCUGAUUAACCCUUUACUCUGACUAACCAUAACUGAUGCACUGACACUCAGACAUGUUACCUGCUGCACUUAUAAUCACCACUGCUUGCAAAUCAUUAUGUGUCCACUCUUCAUCAUCAUCAUCAUCAUCAUCAUCAUCAUCAUCUUCAUCACUGAGUUUAGCUCCACUGAGGUCUGAAUCAGGACGUCACGUUAGCAUGUUAGCGGCUAUCGAACUCCUCUGGUGUCAUGAAGCUGCUUCACCUUUAACUGUGACGCAUCACCAUGGUAACCUGUCACUGACCAAUCAGAUCACUCUGUGACACUGAGUCACCACAGGAUCCCCACAGUGAAGUGACAGAUUAAAGGAGCAGUUCACUCAAACAGUAAACCAUCAGAACAGUUUGUGUGAACUGCUCCUUUACUGGUUCUGCCCUCUGACGCGUUUCUGCUUGAACUUGACUGACAGCCGAUCGAUGUUUGGAGCUUCUGUCUCGUAUGAAACUGAUUGUAUUUAUUAUUCUGUGACGUUUUUAUUUAUUAGACGAUUGUAAUUUUUACGGCCACACGUUUGUUUUUGUGAUCUCUGAUUUUGGAAACAUUGUUUCUGCUGUACAGUUUGUUUCGUUUUUUAAACGAGGAUUUUAAUCGUCACUAACAUCUUCCACGCGGCUCAAGCUGACAUUUUAAAGGAGCAGUUCGUACUAAUCACCAUCAUCUAUAUCAGAUCGUGUCUUAACGUCGUCUUCACGCUUCAUUCUGGUUCAAACCGUCCAGUCCUCAUUGUUUCUGUUGUACGAUGUGAAGGAGUCAAAUAAACUGAAGAAAAUCUGA